ACUACUGUGCGGUGUCAUUUGUGGCCACACAUACAAAACAUUGCCAACAGUUUCUGCACAAAUUUUGUUUCUGCGCUUGAAUAUGUGCAUGUUUUGCAUAUAUUUCUCCAAUCAACAGUGAACGAAGUGCAGCACUGCGUUAUCUACAUAAUCCACGCGCUACAAUGGUACCGGAGCCAUUGUUCGGGAAUAGAACCGUAUCGCUGAGAAUCAUAUAGCCGUAACAACAGGACAGGAAAGAUUCAGCGGUCUCCCAGCGGAACGAAGGGCUUUAUUCGUUUUCCUCCUUUUGGCCUUAGUCAAGCUACAAGCACAACAAGAGACAGGAAUAACGUGGCUCGCGGAAAAAGACCCCAGACCGAGCGGUAGUAUUUAUUAUUAGACACCAAACACGAACACGCCAAUGUCACAGCAUCGCUAGGAGCUUGAUCAAGCUUGAAAAUGUCCUCCGCCGAUAUGUUGCUUCCGAACGAACCGCAUUUGAACGAAUGGCAACCCAUCACACUGACACUGGUAGAAUAUCCUAAAGGUGAUUUGGUCGGUAAGCUGCUGGCAUGGAUUAGCCUGGCGCCGCUCGGUAUCGGUGCCGGAUUUGUGGCACUAAUACUGUUCCGGCGGGAUCUGCACACCAUCGUGUUCUUCGUGGGGACGCUGGUGAACGAGUGUCUAAACAUCCUGCUGAAGCACUGGAUUAAAGAACCGCGACCGAUGUCGCGGGCUCAAAUAUGGACUGAGUAUGGUAUGCCUUCGUCGCACUCACAGUUUAUGUGCUUUUUUGCCACCUACGUACUGCUGUUCAUCUUUAUAAGACUGCAUCAUAUAAACAAUAGUAAUAGCGCAAGGUUCGAGCGACUCGUCCGAUUGCUGGUACUUGCCAUCUGCUGGGCGGCAGCGUUUCUCGUCUGCUUCGGCAGGAUCUAUCUGCUCUACCACACACUGUCCCAGGUGUUGGUUGGCGCUCUCGUUGGUACGGUGAUGGGAGCGCUAUGGUUCCUGCUGACGCACUUCGUACUCACGCCCUACUUUCCGAUGGUGGUACUGUGGCGCGUAUCGGAACUGUUCCUUCUGCGAGACACCACACUCAUACCGAACAUUCUGUGGUUCGAGUACACGGUCACGCGGCACGAAGCGCGAGCUCGAUCGCGGAAGCUGGUGAGCAUGAAAUCUCAGUGACGUUUUUGGUCACCUUGACGACGAUACUCGUACAUCAAAUAGCAUCAACCCGGCGCACAUUUCAUUCAACCCAAAACGCAACCGCAUUACUGUGGGCACGAGCAAUGCAUUAGCAAGCAAACCGGCACUACCGCUCUUCUUAGUUGGCUCUCGAACCUUCAUCGUCGCUCGGGUUUGGCCUUUUACCCAUUGGCCGAAUUGAGUCGGUUCUGCGUAUCGCAGGACCCAGGUCUCGGCAUGUCAUGAGAUACCACAAUCCAUCACUGGAUCCGCUUAGCUAGUAUAAGAACGUAAUUUCUUAAACUGUAAUGAAUUAGAAAUUCAACACCGAUUUCCGACGCAGGCAUUUAUGACGACUGUUUUGCCGAACAACGAGUUUGGGAAAGCUGAGAAGCAGUUAGCACUAGAAAGGUAGUGAUUGCAAACGUUUGGUAGCAUGUUACAACGGACACGUACGAACACACGCUCCUCAACCAGUUGCCGCGAAGAUGGCAGUGCACGUGCACCACAGCAAGAAAGUAUAUUGUGAUGAAUUCACCCAUUUGUGGAGAAAAGGGAAACAAAAAAAAACUAUUAGUAAACGGACACUGGAAGUGAUCGAUUUUUUCGAUCCGUAACGCACGGAAGCAGGAAAAAUAAAUGAUAUCGAGCUCGAAACGACACACUCGUCGUUGUGCAGCUCGGACGAAUAAUAA